UAAUAUUUUCCGGAUGAAGAGGAACUAUGCAAACCACUUUAGAACAGUCCAUACAAUAAGUUGCCGACUCCAAAGAUAUUUGCCUCUACUGAACCGUAUGUUGACCCAGAGAGCAGUUCGCGGGAUAUGUAGCUGAACCGUAAGUUGAGCCUCUCAUGUUCCACAAUGGCCGACAAAACUACGACAUUCUUCAAAGGACGACAACUGCCUGUACGCGCAAAAGGACAACUCUACUGUUCUUUUCACCGUGACGAAAUAUUCCAACUGUACUGUAUUACGUGUCAAGAGCUGGCCUGUAUACAAUGUGUAUCAACUAUUCAUCGACGACACGAAAUCGACAAUUUAAAGACUCUCACGCCACAGAAAAAAGAAAGAAUUCGAAAAUUCAUUGAUACUACGAAACCAACUACGCACAAUGGAUUUGAACAAAGUUUACUAUCUGUUGACCAGAAGUUGAAGAAAAAUGCAGAAGAAUUUGAGAAACUUUCAGCUGCAGCACAACAACAAGCCAGCAAACUCAAGCAAAAUAUUGAUGACCUAACAGUGGCAAAGAUCUCCUUAUUUAGGAAAAUGAAAGAAAAGAAUAUGAAAUUGUUGAACAGCCACAAGAAGGACAUCAACACAAAAAAAGAACAAUUCUUCAAUUUUCUCACAGAAUGUGAAGACACAAUUCAGACUGGUUCCGAUAUUCAAGUUCAUGACAUUGAAAAGGAAAUUGACUCUCAACACGUCAUACCAAUACAAGUACCUGACUUGAUGUUGGCGACUUUCAUAUCAAAUCCUGAACCUUCACGGCCUAUUGAACGUGCGUUUGGAGUUGUGACUUUGCCAAGCAAUGGGUCCGAUGCCAUGCUGCAAACACCGAGAUCAUUUGAACAUAUUCGUGCAAAUAUCUCUUUGGAUACAAUGGCAAAAUGUGAUUCAGCAGCACCACCAAAAGCGACACCGGCAAUGGUGAAACCCAAGUCAGUGAUUCUACAGUCAGUGACAACAAAGUCUGAAAAGUAUUUAGACAGGUCUUCGUUGUCACAGAAUCGGCAUUCAAUAAAACAACCAAUACAUUUUAAGCUACUUGCGGAAUUCAGGAGCUCAGAUCCGAUCGGCGGUAUGAGCGCACUUGGUAAAGAUAUGUGGACAUGCUGUGCAUGUGCAGUUGAUAUCACACUAAUAAACAACAGAGGUGAAGCGAAACGAAAAAUCAAGUUUGAUAACGAAGUCCUUGGUAUUAGCGUAUCACCCACGACACAAAAUGUCUGGGUUCAGAUGUAUGGUGGUGAUGUACUAGAAUUGACGACGACAGAAAAAAAGUUUCGAUUUAAACAGGAUAACAAUAAGCUCAACGCUAUCUGCAUAACUCUAGACGAACAUGUUCUUCUUGGAAGAAAUGAAGAAUUAUUAAAGUUGACAAUAGACGGAAAAACUGUCCUUUCGACGAAAAAGUCAAAUUCCGGACAGACAUUAUGCAAGUCACCCUCAAGUAUUUCCGAGUGUAGAAUUACUAGAAACAUAGCAAUGAUUGAUGGAGACCACGUUUUAGUUAUAGACAAAGCAUUCAAUGAACUUUUCAGGUACAGAAGAACCGUGCCAACAGAGGAUCAUAGAGAAUUGUGGCCUAUAUGCGUUACAUAUGACAAUACAGGUAACAUUGUUGUAUGUGAUCAGGAGACUAUUUAUAUCAUAAACUGUUAUGGGGAGUUCAUACAGCAGUUGUACCAGAAAGAAAAUUGCCAUUACCAUAAUGUUGCUACAGAUGAAACAGGGACACUCUGGGCGUCCAGCCAUAGCUUUGAAGUAACAUUACUAGAAUACAUUUGGAAGAGGAAAAUAUAAUUGGCUGUCGUUUAUAGACAGUUUAACACACCACAAGAGGAGGAAUAUUUUCUAAACAACACUUACUCCCCAAAAUACUGAGUUUGAACUGGUAAGAUGGGCACUUACCUGUCACCCGUACGGAUCUGUGGGUAAACAGUGUUGUGUGUUUAUCGGAUUUAAUUUUAAAACAAUAUGACUCUGUGCCUCUUUGACAAUUUUGACAAUUGACAGGUGGAGAGACAGGCGACACGCCAGGCCGUAAGUUCACUUUUCCGGUAGAUGAGCUCAUAAAAAACAACAAUCACAUUCUUUUAUUUUAUUAAAUUGAUUGUCAAUCUGUUUCUAGCAGUUACACUGGGCAAUGUGAAUAGACUUCUUUUUCAUGGAAAGGCUUCUUCCAGAUUGGCAAGGCAUUUUACUUCACAUUAGCUUAACUAAUCCUAUAAAGACACAAUAUUUCCAAACAA